GUCAUAUCUGCUGCGACAGUCGACAGUGGAAGUAGAAGAAGUUGUGAUUUCUCGGAAAAGGAUAAAAAUAAAAAAGAAAAGAACUGAGCGAAAAUUAUCAAAAAAAUUGAAAUUUAAAUUAUAAACUAUCAAGUGGAGAAGAAAAGGCCAACGUCUGCUGGGGAAAGGUGAAGCAAAGACAGGAUUGUGCUUUUAUUGUCGUACCAAGUUUACUGUAUACAUCACUCUAAAUUAAACGAAAAAAAAAAUGGAUACCGAUAAUGAUAAUGGACAAGUAAAUUCGUCGGUAUCGUCGUCGACAAGCAGCAGCAACAAUAGCAGCAGCAGCAAUUUGCUCGCAAACUUGCCAAUGCUCUCAAUGCUACAAUCCUCUGAUAAUGAUGGUGGCGAACAAUUCGCUCAACCAGCUAUACCAUUGCAGGAGCAACCACCAUUAGAUGAGCAUAUGGCUACAGUUGAGCUGGCUCAACCACAACCCCCACCACCACCAUCGCCACCCCUAUUGCCGUUACAGCAACUGCAAGAACAACAAGUAGCGGCAUCUUCAUUGCCAGAUAAUUCAGUUUUCGCUUCUUCACCCCUCUUAUUCAAUAACAAUACCACCCCACCCCCUUCAUCCUCCUCAUCAUCAUCGUCGCCAACAUCAUCGUCACACAAUCUUCAAAUUUAUCAUAAUCAGCAACUAGAACAAGAACAACAGCAACAACAACAGCUUGAACAAACACACUCUGAACAUGCGCUUCAUUUUGAACAUUCUCCCUCUCCCUCCCUCCAGCAACACGCACUACUACCACCACCACCGCCAUCACCACCACCACCACCACAACCAAUCGAACAACAGCAGCGGGAAGAGCCAGAGCCAGAGCCAGAGGAUCAGCUUCAGGAAGCAAUAAGCACAGCUCAAUAUAGUGGGGAACGGCAUCUGCAGCAAUAUCAAUCAUUAGAGCAAAAUCAGCUACAGGAAGGGCAACAACAACAACAAGCUUCACAUCCAUGUCCUCACCAAGACAAUAAUCCAGUUGCCGAUACAAUUGAUGCGUCUGCACUUGAAUCUGCACUUGAUGAAGAUAUUGAACUGAAUGCUGACAUUGCAUCAACUAGCCAGCAGCAACAACAACUGCAACUGCAAUCUGGUUUACAAGAACAGCAGCAGCAACAACAGCAAGAGGAUAGUUUGAGCGGUGCUCAAGGCUCUACAUUGAGCGGUGUAAUAGGUGAGGCUGCAGCUGGUAGUAGCAGCGCGUCAACGAACGAACAACGUAACCAAACACCUCCAACAACACUGCCAUUGCUGCUGCAGGAAGAGGACGACGAAGACGACGACGAGGACGAGGACGCAGACGCAGACGACGAAGAGAAUAUUAGUGGCGGCGAACGUAGACGACGAGCACCAAAGUCAUCUGCUGCACUAUCGUACGCUACGCACUAUACACACCAUCCAUUUACGCAUCCACUACACCACCAUCAUCAUCAUUAUUAUCCGAAUUUUGGUGGUUGUAUCAACAAUUCACCAUUUGCGUUUGAUAUACCCGCUUUGUCUGGUAGUAGUAGCAGCGGCGACAUUGGCGGCAGCAGCAGCAACUUCAACAACAACAACAACAAUACUAGCGGCAUUAGUUAUAUAGGCCAAUAUCCAAAUCCCAGCAACGGCGCAAAUACAAUACUAUCGGGUACCAAUAUGCUCGGCAGCAGUAGCAAUAGCGAUAAUCCAUCCGGUGGUGGCUGCGGUGCAGCUGCCUUGCCGGGUGGCGGCAACAGCAGCGGUCACAGCAACAGCCACACUCAUCAUUCGCGUCAGCAAGUGACCGAUCGUCUAAAAAUGCUGUAUCCAAAUGUAAACGAAGCUGAAACUCCACUGCCACGCUGCUGGAGUCAACAUGACAAAUGUCUAUCGAUUGGACUAUCGCAGAAUAAUCUUCAUGUGCACUACAAAGGCGUUGGCAAUAAACAUGACGGCUCAGCCUCAGUGCGUACAGCUCAUCCGAUACCGCCCGCCUGUGGACUAUACUAUUUCGAGGUGAAAAUCGUAUCGAAGGGCAAAGAUGGUUAUAUGGGUAUCGGUUUAACGGCUCAACAAUUUCGCAUGAAUCGUUUACCAGGUAAAGGUUGGGACAAACAAUCGUAUGGUUAUCAUGGUGACGAUGGCAAUUCAUAUGCAUCAUCAAAUAAUGGUCAAUCGUAUGGACCGACAUUCACCACCGGCGACAUAAUCGGUUGUUGUGUGAAUUUUGUUGAUAAUUCAUGUUUUUAUACGAAAAAUGGCAUCGAUCUGGGUAUCGCAUUCAGGGAUUUGCCGGUACAUAAAAGUAAACUCUAUCCAACUGUUGGCCUACAGACGCCGGGUGAGGAGAUCGAUGCCAAUUUCGGACAGGAGCCAUUCAAAUUUGAUCAAAUCGAAGAUAUGAUGAAACAAAUGCGCGCCCAAAUGAGGACUUCUAUUUAUGAUUAUCCCAUGCCACUCGACCAGGGUGAUCCGACGACUCUUCUACACAAAAUGGUCUCAUCUUAUCUCUUACACAAUGGUUAUAGUCAGACUGCAGAAGCAUUCGCUAGAACCACCGGUCAAACGUUUCACGAGGAUAUUUCAUCGAUUCGAAAUCGUCAAAAAAUAUUAAAAUUGGUAUUAUCUGGUAAAAUGGGGCAAGCCAUUGAGCAAACAUUGCGCUCAUAUCCGGGUCUACUGGAGAAUAACAAAAAUCUUUGGUUCAUGUUAAAGUGUAGACAGUUUAUUGAAAUGGUUAAUGGCUCCGACAUUGAGUACUGCUCUACUUCUACCAAUACUACUCCUACUACUACCAUUCCUACUACCACUACUACCAUUAAUAAUAAAUUAACAAAUUCGAUCACAACACAAACGCAGACUACGCCGCCGCCACCGAAUCAAACGUCGGUUAUACAGUCAACUAAAUCGUAUCAGAAUGGUAAGAGUAGCAGUGGCACAGUAGCACAUAGUAAUGCACAGAUAGCAACAAUAAAUACAAUAGCAACAACAACAACAUCAACACCAACAACAGCUGUGAUAAAUGCCGAUAAUCAUACGCAUCAACAGGAUAUGAAAAUCGUAUCUGUUUUGGAUGAGAACUGCACUGGUGAUGCGAUUUCGAUUAAUAAUAAGAAUAAUAGCGCCAAUAUCGAUUAUAUGAAUGAUGUAGAGAUGGAAUUAAAUAUGCACACCACAAAUGGCAAUUCAUGCAAAAACGGCAGUUCUAAUUUUACUAGUUCUUUAGAAGGCGAUGAAGAAAUGGACAUCGAUGUUGCACCUUCCACACAAAAAUAUAGUCAUGGUGGCAUCGAAAGGAUAUUAGAGUUCGGCAAGGAGUUAUCGCAAAUGGGCCAGCAAUUAGAAAAAGAGAAUAAAAUGAACGAUGAGGAUCGGCAAAUGUUGGAAGAUGCAUUUAGUUUAAUCGCCUAUUCAAAUCCUUGGGCCAGUCCGUUGGGCUGGCAACUUUGUCCCACGAAACGAGAAAACGUCUGCACCGCACUCAAUUCCGCCAUUUUAGAAUCAAUGAACUAUCCGCGACGUCCGCCACUUGAUAUGUGCGUAGCGCACGCUUCCGAACUGCUUAAGGUGAUGGCGCACGCAUCGAUCGGUGCUUGUGCGUUCGUCAAUAUCGAAGAUGUCUUUCCACAAAAUUGACCCACUCUACGCUUGCGAAUAUUCGAAACGUCUUCGUAGCCCAGUGUGUGUCGGCGAAGCGUAACAAACACGUCGAUCGUUGCUUGUAACACCGAUCAGCGUUCCGAUUGUGCUCCUUAAUUGCACUUAUUUAGAUUAUUUUCUUUUCUAAUUAUCGUAUUAAAAAUCGACAACCACAACAACAACAAAAAACAACAACAAAUUAUUCAAUUAUUGUAUAUUCGGAACUAAUUUCUUGUUACCCGAUAAUUUCUAUAAGCAACGAUAAUUAUUGAAUAUUCAAAUUUUUCGGUUUUCUAAAAACCGCCGCAUAUUAUACCUGUAUGUGUAUGUGGUGGUUUUCACUUAGCGGUAGUAGUCAUAAUUACCUGCUCCCCUUUGUUGUGUAAUACAAAAAGUAAACAUAACAUACAUAAUGGCCGCAUAAAUCAUAAAUAUUUGCAUACAUUUACAACAAAGAAAAAACAUGUACAUUAUAAAAAAAACAUUAAAUUGAAUUUUUUUGAAACAAAUUUAGUUUAAUUUUCACACAAACACACCUACACACUAUUGCCUUUAACUUUUUUUUUACCCGAAAAAAGUUUUCUUUUCAACACGAUUCAACAAUCAUCGAUUAAGUAAAGUAAACAAAACAAAAAACAAAAAUAAAGAAACAAAAAUUAAAUUUUGUGCUUAAAUUCACACAUACAAAAGAACAAUUCGUGAAAUUACAAUAAAUUGCAAAACCCGUUAA